GUCAUCACUUGUGGACCAAACAUAACGUAAAGAAAUCAAUGAAUGAAUGACUCAUUGUUUUUGAAGCAAUGAUUCAGUUAUUAUGGAUUCGUCGCUCAAUUUGGCCCAUCGAUGCCAUCGAAAGGCUGAAUACUUUCUGAAUAACCAUCGAUUCAGAGAAGCCAUUGAAAGCCAUUUAAGAGCUGCCCAUCACAUACAAGAAGCUCUUCUUCAAACUACUUGUCAUCUGAUGAAAGCAUCGCUCGAAACACAAAAAGAUUUUCAUUUAUCACAAGAGAGAGUCUUAAAGCAAAGAGAAAUUUGCGAACAACAGAAACAUUUGAUUUAUAAACAAGAGUUGAUUAAUAGACAACAAUUGAUGGAUAAGUUUGGUCUCAAUUCGCCACAAACUACGCCCGAAGUGGGCACCGCUUUCUCGGAGGGCACCAGUAAAAUGGCCAAUAAGUCUAAUGUAAUGACCGAAUUGAUUCACGUAAUGUCAGAACACGACUCUCUUCUUCAAUUUCUUAUCGAAAGACGAACGGAUUCUUCAUUUCAAAAAACUGGUUCUCAGACAACAGUGACAACAAGUGAACUAAAUUCGCCAACAGAUUCCACAGGCAGUCAUUCGGAUUCAUUAUAUAAAAACGGGUCAAAAAUGCCGAAAGACGAUAAAACAAUUAUCGAAGAAUUGCAAACAAUUAAUGAAAAACUUAGACAAUUAGUCUUCCAGUUGUUCGGCGAACUCGAGUUGUCUCAGAAGGAGAACAAAGAGUUAAGAGAUGAGAACCAGAGGCUUAAGAAUGAGAACAUACAACACGAGCUCAACACAGCUGUUCCCGAUUUACCACCGCUGGAACCGCCGCCUGAAAUACAACUUCUUUAUUAAUUUCUAUACAAU